AAAAAAAGGAGAGGAAAAAGCUUGUUAUGCAUGAUUAAUCGGCGGGGCUCAUUUAUUGUUAGACAAGCCUAUUAAUCUCGUUCGGUUGAACAAUAUUCUUCCUUUCUUUAUCUUAUAAACAUCAACAAGAAGUUCUCUCAUCGCGUCCGCACUAACCUUUUCCCUCACUUAGCGCAAGCUUCACAAUGGUUUCUGAGACAGAGAACUCAAGAAACGUAGUGCUAUUCCCUUUCAUGGCACAAGGCCACAUAAUUCCCUUCAUAGCCUUGGCCAAUCAACUCCAGAAAAAACACAAUUGCACCAUAACCUUUGUCACAACCAAACUCAACAUCCCCAAAAUCUCAUCAUCUCUUCCUCCAAACAGCAGUAUUCAUCUUCUCACAAUCCCCUUUUGCGGCUCCGGCCAUGGCCUCCCUCCCGGCGUGGAGAACACCGACGUCCUUCCCUACCAUCUCCUUCCCAACUUCUUCCAAGCCUCCUUCUCACUCAAACCCUCCUUCAGAAAACUCAUCUCCGACCUCUCGCCCCGACCGCUCUGCAUAAUCGCCGACAUGUUCUUCGGAUGGUCCCACGAGAUCGCCCGCGAGUUCGGCGUCUUCCACGCCCUCUUUUGCGGCGGCGGCGCCUUUGGCUUCGCGUGCUUUCACUCCCUCUGGCUGAACCUGCCUCACCUCAAGAACGUCACGAACGAGACCAUCACGGUCCCGGACUUUCCAGAAGCUUCGAGAAUCCACGUCACGCAGAUGUCGGAGAAUUUACGGGAUGCAAAUGGAGAUAAGUUCACAGCGGUUAUACAGAAACUGUUGUCCUUAUGGGAAAAUGCGGACGCCAUGUUGUUCAACACUGUGGAAGAGCUUGAAGCCAAGACUGGGUUGUUGUACUUUAGGAGGAAAUUGGGCCGACCGGCUUGGCCCAUUGGCCCUGUCGUUUUGCCGGUUCUUGCUAGAAAAGAAGGUGCAAUUAUUACGUUUACGUCAGAGAUGUGCAUCAAAUGGCUCGACUCAAAACCUGCAUGGUCAGUACUUUAUGUGUCGUUUGGGUCAAUGAACACCAUAUCAACAUCACAAAUGAUGGAAUUAGCGAUGGCUCUCGAGUCUAGUGGCAAGAAUUUCAUAUGGGUUGUCAGGCCGCCAAUCGGGUAUGACAUAAAUGGGGAGUUUCGAGCUGAGGAGUGGCUGCCUAAGGGAUUUGAGGACAGAAUUAGAGAGUCAGAAAGAGGAUUGAUUGUGCAUAAAUGGGCACCACAGGUUGACAUUUUGAGUCAUGAAGCUGUGUCUGCUUUUUUGAGUCACUGUGGUUGGAAUUCAGUUAUUGAAGCGCUUACUCAUGGCGUGCCAAUAAUUGGAUGGCCGCUUGCAGCGGAUCAGUUUUAUAACGCCAAGUUUUUAGAAGAAGAGUUGGGAGUUUGUGUGGAGGUUGCUAGAGGAAAGAGCUCUAGAGUUGGACAUGAAGAAAUGGUCAAAAAGAUUGAGUUGGUGAUGAAAGUUGGAUCAGAGAAAGGAAAUGAAAUCAGAAGGAAGGUUUGUGAGGUCGGGGACAUCAUGAGGGAUGCCCUGAGAGAUGAGAAUGGUUGCAAGGGGUCUUCUAUCAAGGCAAUGGACGAAUUUUUGAAUGCUGCUUUGCUGAAGAGAGAGACAUAUAUCAUGAGUACUUCGAGGAUGAUUGACAACGAGUAAUUAGUUUCAGCAUCAUUGCCAAUAUAUAUAUAUAUAUAUAUACAAAAUGAUGCCUGAAAUCUGUAGUACAAGCAUUAAUCGUCAAGAACUUUGAAGAAUCUUGCAAUUAGUUGUUGCCUUGCGAGUGGCUCCAAGAGUUUUUAUACAUCUAGGAUCUAGCUAAUCCAAACGAACGAGUCGCUUGCAGUGAUCAGUACUUGAAACUUGUGCAAGGGAGGGGAUCCAACUCUAAUCAUCGAAAAGGAAUUAAAAUCCUUACCUUCUCUCAAUAAAAUAGUGAUAUUGCUUUUAGGUUUCAUUAUUUUGACAAAGAAAAAUAAAAUUUAAUACAGUAAAAACAAAAAACAAAAAGAUCUAUAUAUGGGACUUACAAUUUGUAUUGUUCUUAUC